AUGGCUUUCCCCCCCGAGUCAUUGAACCUCUCCAGCCAUCACAGUCUCCUAGAUGACACAGGCGUGGUUCUUGAAAGUCAGAACGCUUCUGCCGCUUCGUUCAUCGGUACUCCUUCGAUAUUGAUGCCUCUGCAAGCCAAAACUAGAUACACCCCGGAUGUCGUCGGCUUCAAUCAAGAUGGCGGCAACACUAGAACCAAUGACUGGCUAGGCCCUCUUGGCAACUCUCCCGUUGUAUAUAGUCGCUCUGUGGCAAUUUCAGCUCAGUACUGGCACGAUAAUAACCUCCUCACUGCUCGUCCUGUCCGCAAUAAUGCGACAGCUGCACAUUUCUGCAUCGCCGCUUUUCACCCGGAAACCAUGGACGUUUUAGCAACGUGGGCGCCUGAGAAACAGACAUUGUUAUCCCCUUACGCUACUAUCAUGGAUAACUCUAUCCUGAUCCCGACGCUCCGCGACAUUGACCUUACAUCCUUCCUGCCUGAAGGCCACGCUGUAAAGAUCAGUUACCCUGAUAAGGAUGAAAACGUCUGGUUCGUGUCUACGCGUCUGUAUUCCUUGGGCAAUAUCGAAGACUCAUCGAUCAUCGGUCAUGUGGCUUCGGAUGGUCUAGUGCGCACAUUAAGGUUUGAUGGCCAGAAAAUCGAGAAUUCGAUUGCAGUCAACGGCAAAACAGUCGACGUCAACACUAGUCCUCUAGCAUCAGAGACCAACGGCAUUAAUACUGAAAAUAUGUAUGCUCUCCAGGUGGACACCAGCAGCGGGGAGAUUAAAACGGCUUGGAACGAGACAUAA